CUCCUCCGCCUCCGAGAUGGCCAGCUCCUAAUCCACACCACCACCACCACCACCGCCACCGCCAUUUCCACUUCGGCCUCUGCCUUUGCCUCUGGGGGUGGCGCGAUGGGGUACCUCCUCCUCUCGCCCUCGCCGUCGCCGCCGCUCGCGUCCCGGCACCGCUGCCCCGCCGCCGCCGCCGGCCGCCACCGCGCGCGGAGGGGCGCGGCCGUCGUCGCGUCGUGCGAUGGCGGGCCGUCUUCGUCUCAGGCGGCCCGGUACGCGCUGGCGCGGCGGGCCGUGCUCCUCGGGGUCUCCGCGCUGCCGCUCCUCCGCGACACCGCCGCCAAGGCCGCCGCGCCCAGCAGCGCGGGUCUCGUGACUGUUUAUGGCAUGUCAUUACCCCAAGGGUUUAUUAGAAGAAAGGGGAUCCUUGCCCCGAGGAUAGAUCGUCAUGCUCAGAAUUGCUACAAAACUUUCAAGAUUGGACGUAAUAAAGUCAUCUGUAAACCUAACGAUGCCAUGCUUGAUGAGACAAAGGAUGCCCCAAAGGUGGAUGAACCUCAGAAUGGCGGGACUUUGGUUGAUGAACCUCAGACUGGCGGGACUCAGUCAGAAACUCCUCUACUUGAAGCCCCUCAACCCGAAUCGUCCUUACCACUGGUGCAAAAACAAUCUCCAGGGAAUCCACUUGCCGGACUUCUGAAUGCAAUUGCGGUUAUUGCCUCGGGAGUUCUUGCUGGAUUGUAUGGUACAUCUCAACAGGAAAAGAAGGCCCUGCAAUCUGUCGUCUCAUCUUUGGAGGUCAAAUUGGCUGAAAAUGAGGCAGCAAUCUCAUUGAUGAGGGAGACCUAUGAAAAAAGGUUAUUAGAGCAACAAGCAGCACAGAAGAAGCAAUCUAUGAAGUUCCAGGAGCAGGUAGCUUCAUUACUAGAUCAAUUGGCUUCAACAAAACAGACUGUAACAUCACUAAGCGAAGAAUUCAGAAGGGAGAAGGCACGGGCUGAGGAGCUCAAGGAUGGAAUACGGAGAUUAGAGAGUAGUAUUGAUAAAGCUGGGGAUGAUAAAGAUGUGCUUGAAGCCAAACUGACAGAAAAGGUUGGUGAAAUGAAUGAUUUGCAGGAAAAAUUAAGUCUACUCAGCCAACAGAAUGAUAGCAAGGAGAAAAGCAUCGAGGAACUCAACUCAUCACUUUCUUCAAAGGAAGCAGAGUACCAGAACCUGCGCCGUUUCUCUCAUCAAACGAAAGAGAGUCUUGAACUUGCAAAUGCUAAAAUACAACAACUGGAGGAAGAGAUUCAUACAACUAAAAAUGAUCUUGCUUCUAAGAUAUCGUCAAUUGAUUCACUGAGUGAGAAACUUCAAGUAUUAAGCUCUGCAAAGAAGGAAGCCGAGGAAAAAAUAAAUGAGCUAAUUAAAGAGUGUACAGACUUAAAGGCUUCUUCUGAGAUAAGAGCGAACCACGAUUCUGAACUACUGUCUGAGAAAGAUGAUCUGAUCAAACAGCUGGAAGAAAAGCUCUCUGUUGCAUUAAGUGCCUCUAGCAAAGACCAUGAAGUCAUUGCCGGAUUGAACAAGGAAUUGGAUGCCACCAAAGCAAUGCUAGACGAUGAAGUUGCGGCACUGAAAAGCCUUAGAGAUUUACUUAAAUCCACUGAAGAGACCCUAAGUGAUUCCCGAACUGAGGUUUCCAAACUUUCCGAGGACCUUGAUGAAGCAAAUAGGACAAAUAAGGACCUGGUAUUGCAGAUUUCAAAUCUCCAAAGCGAGUUCAAUGAAAUGCGAGAAGGUCUGACUUACAAGCUUGGAGAGGCUGAAUCAGUAUCUAAAGCUCUAUCAGAUGAACUGGUCUCAGCUAAAGAGAUGAUUCAAAAGGGUCAGGAAGAACUUGAAGCUACCUCUAAUGAGCUUACUUCUGCCGUGGAAGCUCGUGAUAACCUGAAGAAAGAAUUGCUGGAUGUGUACAAGAAGUUCGAGUCCACCACACAGGAGCUUGUUGAUGAAAGGAGAAUUGUGACUACUUUGAAUAGGGAGCUUGAGGCUUUGGCCAAACAAUUGAAUGCAGAUUCUCAAGCACGAAAAGUACUCGAAGCAGACCUGGAUGAAGCAACCAGAUCACUAAACGAGAUGAACACGAGCGCAGUGUCACUUUCUGAGGCGCUAGAGAGCACUCAUUCCAAGAAUGCCACUCUUGAAGCAGAGAAAGAAAUGCUAUCAAAAGCUCUCGAUGAACAAACAAAACUGACAACCGAGGCUCAAGAGAACUGCGAGGAUGCUCAGAAUCUUAUCACAAGGCUUCAGACAGAACGGGAGACUUUUGAAAUGAGGUCUAGGCACCUCGAAGAGGAACUGGCCUUAGCGAAGGGUGAGAUGUUGCGCCUAAGGAGGCAGAUUAGUGCAAGCAAAUCCCAGAAAACAAGAUAUGUUCCUAGAGCAAGUGCAUCCACAGAAACCAGCACUGCUCCCAGAGCAAGUUCGCCCACAGAGACCAGCAGUGUUCCCAGAACAAGUGUUCCCGCAGAGACCAGUCAGACCCCGAACGAGCAGUCUGUGAAUGAUGGUACUCAGAAGACCGGUGAAAUUGCUGCUGAGACUCCAUAUACUGUAAGAGUAAAGGCUAGGAGAGGAAAAGGUGGUGCGUCGCGAUGAAUCUGUCUGGUAGUUCCAUAGAGAAGAGUCAUCGUCCUUCCAUUUUGUUUAGUCAUCAGUUAUAACUUUAUUUUUAUACUACCAUCCUGUAGGGUCGGUAGUCAUUUGAGUGCUAUUUAGUUUACUUGUGACAGAGGGCAGGCCUGGCGCAGUGGUGAAGUCCUCCCCACUUGUGCCAAGAGGUCCUGGGUUCGAACCAGCCUCUCUGCAUUGCACUUUGCAGGGGUAAGACUAGGUUCCUAUAAUCCCUCCCCAGACUCCACCUUGUGUGGGAGCUUCUAUGCACUGGGUCUGUCCUUUUAGUUUACUUGUGACGUUUGAGACAUCCAAUUCCUUUCCUGUAAUUCACGUGCCAUGAGUUUUGAGAAUAUGAGUGUUUACAUGUGUACAGGUUAAUUUUUGAACGGUCGACAUGCUGGAGAAUUCUCCUAUCUGUAGUUACACUGAAUUGUUCAUAGAUAUUAUCCGCUCAUUUUAUCUACUUGGUAGAAUCAAUGGUCUGAUUCACUGUUAA